AACAAACUCUUGCUUCGUUGUCUGGCUACAACUGAUCUGUCCGUUGGUCUUAUCUCCCAGCCACUCUCUGUUGCUUUUUGGAUCUCAAUUGUGGUCUGGACUUUUUGCCGAUUAUUCAGUAUUCUGUCUUUUAUGGCUAGUUACUUAUUGGGUUCCGUUUCUUUGUUGACGCUGACAGUAAUUAGUGUGGAAAGGCUUCUCGCCCUAAUGCUUGGGUUGCGAUACAGACAAGUUGUAACGUGUAGGCGAAUUUCCGUGACUCUGGCUUUUAUCUUGAUAGUAUCUACAAUGGCUGCAAUGAUCACACGAUGGAAUGACCUUAUC